CCCUUUUGGUGAAGUCUGAAUAAGCACAAAUCUUCUGUAGGGUAAAUUUCCCUUUUUGAGGCAAAGCGCUAACCUCCCGGAAUUUGGGGCAGGGGGCAUCCAGGCACCAUGACAGAACAGCAAAGCCCCCCAGGAGAGAUGGCAGCUGCUGAGAGCGCGGAGGAAACGGGGCAAAGCUUCAAGGUCACGCUCUAUGAAAUGGAGAAUUUCCAAGGCAGGAAAUGUGAACUGACCCACGAGAGUCCCAACGUGAUGGAGAAGGAGGUUGAGAAAGUGGGCUCCCUUCAGGUGGAGUCUGGCCCGUGGCUCGGCUUCGAGCGGCAGGCGUUUGGUGGGGAGCAGUUUGUGCUGGAGAAGGGGGACUACCCCCGCUGGGAUUCCUGGUCCAACAGCCACAGGAGUGACAGCCUCAUGUCCAUUCGGCCCCUGCCAAUUGACAGCCCCGACCAUAAGAUCCACCUGUUUGAAAACUCCGGAUACGGAGGGAGGAAGAUGGAGAUUGUGGAGGACGAUGUCCCCAGCUUGUGGGCUCAUGGCUUCCAGGACCGGGUGGCCAGCGUCAAGGUCCUGGACGGAACAUGGGUGGGCUAUGAAUACCCCGGGUACCGUGGCCGCCAGUAUGUCCUGGAGAAGGGCGAGUACCGCCACUGGAACGAGUGGGAUGCCAGCCAGCCCCUGAUUCAGUCCGUGCGGCGCAUCCGGGACCAGCAGUGGCACCAACGGGGCUGCUUUGAGGGGUGCUGAGAGAUUCACGUUGGCCCAGGAAGAGCAGAAGCGGAGGUGCAUUUAAGACCCCGGCAGGAGACCCUGCCCGACGCGUUGUGUCUCUAAAUGAUGAUGUG